AUGAACCCGAAACACCGGUUGGGUUUAUGUCCGAAUGCCAAGUUCCACAAUUUUCAACCCAAGUUGGUAUUGAAAAUACUACCGUUGAAAAAGAACAAAGGCAUUCCGUUAAAAAAAACUCGAGAGGUAUUCACGAGGGAAGAGGAUAUACUUCUUAUGCAAUCAUGGCUCAAUGUUUCAAAGGAUCCUAUUGUGGGAGUUGAUCAAAAAGUCGAAGGUUUUUGGUUAAGAAUCACCGAUAACUAUAAUCAAUAUCGUGGGCAGUUGCGAGAAAAGCUACAAGGCCAAUUAAAAUGCCGAUGGCAUCGAAUAAAUGGCCUUGUUCAAAAAUUUAUUGGAUGUUACAAACAAGCUGUUAAUGGUAAAAAAAGUGGUCAAUCAGAAAAAUAUAUUUUGGCUAAUGCACAUGCUUUUUUUCUUCAAGAUGAAGGAAUAGCAUUUAAUCUUGAGUAUGCGUGGCGAUUGUUAAAAGAUGAACCUAAAUGGAUGGGAGCAUUAACUGAAAAUUCUUCAAAAAGAACAAAGAAUUCUGCUAGUGGGGCACACUCAUCAAGUUAUAAAUAUAACUCAUCGUCACCAAUGGAGCGUCCAAUGGGGCAACAAGCGGAAAAAAGUAAGAGUAAGGCAAAGGAAAAGGCGAAUGCAUUUGAAUCCCAUUCUAAUGUUGUGCAAGAUACAUGA